AUGACCACUAAACAGUUCCAAUUCGACUCGGAUCCGCUCAAUUCUGCCCUUGCCGCCACCGCGGAGGCCUCAGGCCUCGCUUACCUCCCCAAGAGCAAGGUCAUCUACUACCCUCUGACCAACGACAAGGUGACGUUGAUUUCAGGUGGAGGAGCUGGCCACGAGCCUGCUCAGACCGGGUUUGUGGGUCCCGGACUGCUGGAUGCGGCCGUGUCGGGCCAGAUCUUUGCCUCACCUUCCACCAAACAGAUCAUUGCCGGAGUCAAUGCCGUCAAGUCGCAACGGGGCUCCAUCAUUAUCGUCAUGAACUACACUGGCGAUGUGAUCCACUUUGGAAUGGCCGCCGAGCAGCUGCGGUCCCGAUAUGACUACCACGCCGAACUGGUGUCCAUUGGCGACGACAUUUCCGUCAACAAGAAGGCCGGACGACGAGGUCUGGCAGGAACCGUUCUUGUUCACAAGAUCGCAGGCCAUCUUGCCCGAGAUGGCUGGGACGUCGGAGUGCUUGCUGAAGCUCUGCGAACCACCGCCGCCAACCUGGCCACCGUGGCUGCGUCUCUGGAACACUGCACUGUACCUGGCAGAAAGUUCGAGACCGAACUGGCGGCCGAUGAGAUGGAGAUUGGCAUGGGUAUCCACAACGAGCCCGGUGUCAAGACCAUCAAGAUUGGCAAGGUUGAGUCUCUGCUGGACGAAUUGGUCGACAAGUUCGAGCCCUCCAAGCAGGACUUUGUGCCCUUCAACAAGGGCGACGAGGUGGUGCUGCUGGUCAAUUCCCUCGGAGGAGUCUCUUCUCUGGAACUCCACGCCAUUGCCAACAUUGCCCAGACAAAGUUCGAGAAGGUGCUGGGCGUCAAGACCGUGCGACUUAUUGUUGGCAACUUCAUGGCUGCCUUCAACGGUCCUGGCUUCUCUUUGACUCUGCUCAACGUCACCACGACCGCCAAGAAGGGCAACUUUGACGUUCUGGGAGCCCUGGACGCUCCCGUGUCCACCGCCGCCUGGCCCUCUCUGCAGCAGAAGGACAAGCCUGCCAACGGCGGUGUCCAGGAGGAGAAGGAGACCGACUCGGACAAGCCUGCUGAGCCUACUGGAAUCAAGGCCGACGGAAAGCUGUUCAAGGCCAUGAUUGAGAGUGCUGUUGACGAUCUCAAGAAGGAGGAGCCCCAGAUUACCAAAUACGACACUAUUGCUGGCGAUGGAGACUGUGGAGAGACUCUGUUGGCUGGAGGCGACGGUAUUCUGGACGCUAUCAAGAACAAGAAGAUUGACCUUGAUGAUGCCGCUGGAGUGGCUGAUAUUUCUCACAUCGUCGAGAACUCCAUGGGAGGCACCUCGGGAGGUCUCUACUCCAUCUUCUUCUCCGGUCUCGUGGUCGGUAUCAAGGAGACCAAGGCCAAGGAGCUGUCUGUCGAUGUGUUUGCCAAGGCAUGUGAGACUGCUCUGGAGACUCUUUCUAAGUACACCCAGGCCCGAGUCGGCGACCGAACCCUCAUGGACGCACUUGUUCCCUUUGUAGAGACCCUCAGCAAGACCAAGGACUUCGCCAAGGCCGUAGAGGCUGCUCGGAAGGGCGCCGACGAGACUUCCAAGCUGCCUGCCAAUUUUGGCCGUGCCUCGUAUGUGAACGAGGAGGGAUUGGAGAACAUUCCUGACCCUGGAGCUCUUGGACUGGCCGUCAUUUUCGAAGGUCUUCUCAAGGCCUGGGAGAAGAAGUAG